AUGCGUUUCUCUCUCACUGCCACUCUUCUUGGUGCUGCCGCCUUGGUAUCCUCUGUCUCUGCUGACCUCUAUAAUCGUCUCAAUGUCAACGAUACCGCCUUUUUGUUUGUCGAUCAUCAAACUGGCCUCUUCUCCUUGGUUCAAGACUACAACCCUGAUUCCUACUAUACCAAUGUCAUGGGUCUUGCUGAUACUGCCAAGUACUUUAACGUCUCUACCGUUCUUACCACCUCUCGCGAAGAUGGCCCCAACGGACCUAUGCUUCCUGAGCUCAAGGCCAUGUUCCCUAACUCUUCCUAUAUUCCUCGUCCUGGUCAAAUCAAUGCUUGGGAUUCUCAAGAGUUUGUUGAUGCUGUUCGUGCCACUGGCAAGAAGCAAUUAGUUGUCUCUGGUAUUGUUACUGAUGUCUGUGUUACUUUUGUCGCUCUCUCUGCCAAGAAGGCUGGUUUCGAGGUCUUUGUUGUUACUGAUGCCUCUGGUACUUUUACUGAUCCCGUCCGCGAAGCUGCUUGGAUGAGAAUGCAACAAGCUGGUGUCCAGCUCAUGAACUGGUUUGCUGUUGCUUGUGAAUUGGGUCGUGAUUGGAGACACGAUAUCAACGGCAUGGCUGCUUUGUUUGCUAAGCGUAUGCCCAGCUAUGCUCAUGUCAUGGAUUCCUUCAAUGGUGCUCAAGCUGCCAUCAACUCCACUCAAUAA